CGAUGGACGAGUCCAAUGAUAUUUUCUCUAUCUCUGACGAGGAAAUAUCACAGCAACUGGAGUUCGUUGAAGAGAUUGGAUUCGGGAACUGGGGAAGUGUCUGGCUAUGUCGUCCGAAGUCCACCUCCAAGUCGGAGUCCGUAGUCAAACGGUCCAGGCAGAAGAUGGCUGUCAAACUUGUGCAUAGGUCAAAGACGUCCACGACAGCUGCACGCGUCAAAUCACUAUGGAAUGAAAUGAAGAUUGUUAAAUCCUUCAAGUCUGAUCCUCACCCAUCCAUCAUCCCAUUUCACUCUUUCAUUCUCUCCCCAUCCUAUGCCAUGAUUAUUAUGGACUACCUCCCAACACUCAUACCGGUAGAAGUAGAGGAAGCCAAGGCGCGUGAAUGGUUCCGUUUCCUUCUCUCCGGCGUGGAGUUCCUUCACAAACGUGGCGUUGUUCACAAUGAUCUAAAACCUGCAAAUAUUCUCAUUUCGCACAAGAAUAUUCCUGUGCUCGUUGACUUUGGAUUCGCAGAGAAAUAUGAACUUGAAUCCGACGUUGCAUUCCAUAGCAAUCUCUCCUACGGGACCCCGGAGUAUCUCUCACCGGAGCGAGCUCGUGGCGUUCCUCACGAUACUCGUAAAUCUGACGUGUGGUCCCUUGGCGUUACUUUUUUUGAGAUUCUUGUCGGAAGAACUCCCUUCGAGCACCACGAUGGCGAGCAGUUCAACUCCAAAGAAGACCUUGAAAAAUAUUGGUCUCGCACCAUGAGAGGCAAGUGGGUGGGAACUUGGAAAAUAUCGCAAGGCAUCGAGAAGCUGCUCCACAGAAUGUUGUCACCGAACGCAGAUCUGAGAUGUACCGCUUCUCAGGCUAUAGCUGACGAUUACUGGCA